UCUGUACUUUUGUGUAUUCUAGCUGUGGCACAAUCCUUAGCCAUCCGUCUCAUGUCAGCCAAUGUUGGAGACACAGUGACUUUGCACUGCUUUCAUGAAGGCAAUUUGGCAAUGCACUUCUUGUGGUACAACCAACCCUUCGGAUAUAAUCCUCAGCUCAUGUCAACCUUUUAUGAGUAUGAAAAGAAUGCUAUAUUUUACCAUGACUUUAAGGGUAACCCUCGUGUCUCAGUGGAAAGCGGCAAUGGAAUAAACCACCUAAAGAUCUCAGACGUACAGCUUUCUGAUUCAGCAGAAUAUUAUUGUGGAAGUUCCUACUCCAAUAUGGUGGAAUUUGCAGAAGGAUACAUUCUUAUUGUAAAAAGUACAAAAUACACAUUUAGAGAGAAAAUAACUAGUUACUUAUGGACUUUAAGACCCACACAUAUACUUACUGACAUAAUAAACUUCUUAUCAGGUUCAGGAUCCAGAAACACCACCGUUGUACAGCAGCCUGUGUCUGAGUCAGUCCAGCCUGGAGACUCUGUGACUCUGAACUGUACAAUACACACUGAGACCUGUGCAGGAGAACACAGUGUCUAUUGGUUCAGACAUGGCUCAGGAGAAUCCCAUCCAGGAAUCAUUUACACCCAUGGAGACAGGAGUGAUCAGUGUGAGAAGAGCCCUGAGGCUGGGUCUCCUACACAGAGCUGUGUCUACAACCUCCCCAAGAGGAACCUCAGCCUCUCUGAUGCUGGGACUUACUACUGUGCUGUGGCCUCAUGUGGGGAGAUGCUGUUUGGAAAUGGGACCAAACUGGAGAUCAAGGACAAUGGCGCAGGACCUCUUCUGCUGGUGUAUUGCCUGAGCGCAUCAUUGGGUCUCUCAUUUAUCCUGAUUACUGUCCUUGGCUUCAUCAUGUACAAUAUGAACAAGAGAAUGUGUCUGCAGUGUAGAGGUAAGUGAAGUCCAUUCCUAAUAAAUUAAUGAUGU